AUGAAGUCUUUGGUGCACCACCGGCCCAGAGGUUCUGAGGGUCAGGUGAGGGUCCGACAGCAGACUCCCUUGGUAGAGACUCCCUGCAAUGUCUCAACAAUCCGGCACCCCAGGGUAGGACACUGUCACAUGGACAAGGACAAAGACUCAAUCAUCAACAAGGCAUCAACACUUAAGACUCAGAGCAGUGCACACAAGGGGGACUACCAUCAACUUGAGGAUAAACCCAACAUGUCCUCUCACAGACGCAGUUUCCAGUGUUUCAAUGCCAUCGGGGGCGAGGGCUGCCAUGGCUCUUCACUGUCCCGUCACACCAGCAAACUCCCCAGGAUAUCCCGACAUGGAAUGAACCGCCACGCCCGCCAUCACAGAUACAACAAGAAGGUGGUGCUGGUAAAGAACAGUGACCCCUCUUUCCAGAGGACCAUCAUAUUGCACCGCAGGACCCUACGGAGCCUCGGGCUAUUCCUAGAAGAAGUUUCAGACCUCAUGCAAUACCACAUCAGGAAGCUGUACACCCUGGAGGGCCGCAAGAUUGACAGCGUUCAGAGUCUUUUGCAGUGCCCCACUGUGCUUGUUUGUGUGGGACUUCAAGUUCAAGGGGCAAUUGAUUGCAGAAUCAAUUGCAGUAGCAGUAAAAAAAAAAAAAAAAAAGCACAAAACAACAACAACAACGGCCACAAUGACAACAAUGACAACUUAUUUGAUGUCUGUCAAAGAAAAAUGGUUGAAAGCAGGAAAACAAUGUCUGCAUCAAGUCUGGAAGAGUAUACUGAACAAGUGAUGGAGAAAGAAACUCGUAUUGAGCAGACUGUUGAGGAGCUUGAGGCUGUAGCAUGUUGCACCAUCAGAAGUGAGGUUUGCUCACCGAAGUACAAGGAGCAACCAACAACAGUGGACAACUGUGAGAGUGUUGAAAAUACCCAGGAGGACCAAGAUGAUGAGGAGGAUGAUAUCCCACCAAGUGCUUCAAGAGCAGCUGUUGAGAAUAAGGAAGAUGUAGAGAGAUCCCCUAGUGCCUUGUCAGCCAAAUCAGCAAAGUCACAAUCAAAAGCCACUGACAUUCCACAUGAAGGAAAUGAAGAAGAUGAACCUCAAAAGAGAGCACAUAGUGUAAUGUCAAAUAGUGUUGACAUUCCUGAAGAAGGGAAUGUUGAGGAAGACUUUGAUGACAGAGCAGCAAGUUCCAUGUCAGCCAAAUCAGGCAUGACAAAUACCUCUGCCAAAUCUAGUAGGUCAAAAGUCUCAAAUGUUCCAACUGAGGAAAUUGCUGCCAAUCAUGAGGAACUUGAAGAAAGAGCUCCAAGCAGCAUAUCAGUCAAAUCAGCCAAAUCAGCAAAGUCAAACGCUUCAGCAAUAUCUAAAAAAUCAAAAGCCUCUGAAAUUCCUGGUGGAGAUAGUGUUGACAUUCCUGAAGAAGGGAAUAUUGAGGAAAACACUGAAGACAGAGCAGCAAGUUCCAUGUCAGCCAAAUCAGGCAUGACAAAUACCUCUGCCAAAUCUAGCAGGUCAAAAGUCUCAAAUGUUCCAACUGAGGAAAGUGCUGCCCAUCAUGAGGAACUUGAAGAAAGAGCUCCAAGCAGCAUAUCAGUCAAAUCAGCCAAAUCAGCAAAGUCAAAUACUUCAGCAAUAUCUAAAAAAUCAAAAGCCUCUGAGGUUCCUGUUGCAGAUAGUGUUGACAUUCCUGAAGAAGGGAAUGUUGAAGAAGACAUUGAUGACAGAGCAGCAAGUUCCAUGUCAGCCAAAUCAGGCAUGACAAAUACGUCCAUUAAAUCUAGUAGGUCAAAAGUCUCAAAUGUUCCAACUGAGGAAAGUGCUGCCCAUCAUGAGGAUCUUGAAGAAAGAGCUCCAAGCAGCAUAUCAGUCAAAUCAACCAAAUCAGCAAAGUCAAAAGCUUCAGCAAUAUCUAAAAAAUCCAAAGCCUCUGAAAUUCCUGGUGGAGAUAGUGUUGACAUUCCUGAAGAAGGGAAUGUUGAAGAAAACACCGAAGACAGAGCAGCAAGUUCCAUGUCAGCCAAAUCAGGCAUGACAAAUACCUCUGCCAAAUCUAGCAGGUCAAAAGUCUCAAAUGUUCCAACUGAGGAAAGUGCUGCCCAUCAUGAGGAACUUGAGGAAAGAGCUCCAAGCAGCAUAUCAAUCAAAUCAGCCAAAUCAGCAAAGUCAAAUGCUUCAGCAAUAUCUAAAAAAUCCAAAGCCUCUGAAAUUCCUGGUGGAGAUAGUGUUGACAUUCCUGAAGAAGGGAAUGUUGAAGAAAACACUGAAGACAGAGCAGCAAGUUCCAUGUCAGCCAAAUCAGGCAUGACAAAUACCUCUGCCAAAUCUAGUAGGUCAAAAGUCUCAAAUGUUCCAACUGAGGAAAGUGCUGCCCAUCAUGAGGAACCUGAAGAAAGAGCUCCAAGCAGUAUAUCUGUCAAAUCAGCAAAGUCAAAUGCUUCAGCAAUAUCUAAAAAAUCUAAAGCCUCUGAGGUUCCUGUUGCAGAUAGUGUUGACAUUCCUGAAGAAGGGAAUGUUGAGGAAGACUUUGAUGACAGAGCAGCAAGUUCCAUGUCAGCCAAAUCAGGCAUGACAAAUACCUCUGCCAAAUCUAGUAGGUCAAAAGUCUCAAAUGUUCCAACUGAGGAAAGUGCUGCCCAUCAUGAGGAACCUGAAGAAAGAGCUCCAAGCAGUAUAUCUGUCAAAUCAGCAAAGUCAAAUGCUUCAGCAAUAUCUAAAAAAUCAAAAGCCUCUGAGGUUCCUGUUGCAGAUAGUGUUGACAUUCCUGAAGAGGGGAAUGUUGAGGAAGACAUUGAUGACAGAGCAGCAAGUUCCAUGUCAGCCAAAUCAGGCAUGACAAAUACCUCUGCCAAAUCUAGUAGGUCAAAAGUCUCAAAUGUUCCAACUGAGGAAAGUGCUGCCCAUCAUGAGGAACUUGAAGAAAGAGCUCCAAGCAGUAUAUCUGUCAAAUCAGCAAAGUCAAAUGCUUCAGCAAUAUCUAAAAAAUCAAAAGCCUCUGAGGUUCCUGUUGCAGAUAGUGUUGACAUUCCUGAAGAAGGGAAUGUUGAGGAAGACAUUGAUGACAGAGCAGCGAGUUCCAUGUCAGCCAAAUCAGGCAUGACAAAUACCUCUGCUAAAUCUAGUAGGUCAAAAGUCUCAAAUGUUCCAACUGAGGAAAGUGCUGCCAAUCAUGAGGAAAUUGAAGAAAGAGCUCCAAGCAGCAUAUCAGUCAAAUCAGCCAAAUCAGCAAAGUCAAAUACAUCAGCAAUAUCUAAAAAAUCCAAAGCCUCUGAAAUUCCUGGUGGAGAUAGUGUUGACAUUCCUGAAGAAGGGAAUGUUGAAGAAAACACUGAAGACAGAGCAGCAAGUUCCAUGUCAGCCAAAUCAGGCAUGACAAAUACCUCUGCCAAAUCUAGUAGGUCAAAAGUCUCAAAUGUUCCUACUGAGACAAGUGCUGCCCAUCAUGAGGAACCUGAAGAAAGAGCUCCAAGCAGUAUAUCUGUCAAAUCAGCAAAGUCAAAUGCUUCAGCAAUAUCUAAAAAAUCAAAAGCCUCUGAGGUUCCUGUUGCAGAUAGUGUUGACAUUCCUGAAGAGGGGAAUGUUGAGGAAGACAUUGAUGACAGAGCAGCAAGUUCCAUGUCAGCCAAAUCAGGCAUGACAAAUACCUCUGCCAAAUCUAGUAGGUCAAAAGUCUCAAAUGUUCCAACUGAGGAAAGUGCUGCCCAUCAUGAGGAACCUGAAGAAAGAGCUCCAAGCAGCAUAUCAGUCAAAUCAGCCAAAUCAGCAAAGUCAAACACUUCAGCAGUAUCUAAAAAAUCAAAAGCCUUUGAAAUUCCUGGUGGAGAUAGUGUUGACAUUCCUGAAGAAGGGAAUGUUGAAGAAAACACUGAAGACAGAGCAGCAAGUUCCAUGUCAGCCAAAUCAGGCAUGACAAAUACCUCUGCCAAAUCUAGCAGGUCAAAAGUCUCAAAUGUUCCAACUGAGGAAAGUGCUGCCCAUCAUGACGAACCUGAAGAAAGAGCUCCAAGCAGCAUAUCAGUCCAAUCAGCCAAAUCAGCAAAGUCAAACACUUCAGCAAUAUCUAAAAAAUCAAAAGCCUUUGAAAUUCCUGGUGGAGAUAGUGUUGACAUUCCUGAAGAAGGGAAUGUUGAAGAAAACAAUGAAGACAGAGCAGCAAGUUCCAUGUCAGCCAAAUCAGGCAUGACAAAUACCUCUGCCAAAUCUAGCAGGUCAAAAGUCUCAAAUGUUCCAACUGAGGAAAGUGCUGCCCAUCAUGAGGAACUUGAAGAAAGAGCUCCAAGCAGCAUAUCAGUCAAAUCAGCCAAAUCAGCAAAGUCAAAUACUUCAGCAAUAUCUAAAAAAUCAAAAGCCUCUGAGGUUCCUGUUGCAGAUAGUGUUGACAUUCCUGAAGAAGGGAAUGUUGAGGAAGACUUUGAUGACAGAGCAGCAAGUUCCAUGUCAGCCAAAUCAGGCAUGACAAAUACCUCUGCCAAAUCUAGUAGGUCAAAAGUCUCAAAUGUUCCAACUGAGGAAAGUGCUGCCCAUCAUGAGGAACCUGAAGAAAGAGCUCCAAGCAGUAUAUCUGUCAAAUCAGCAAAGUCAAAUGCUUCAGCAAUAUCUAAAAAAUCAAAAGCCUCUGAGGUUCCUGUUACAGAUAGUGUUGACAUUCCUGAAGAAGGGAAUGUUGAGGAAGACUUUGAUGACAGAGCAGCAAGUUCCAUGUCAGCCAAAUCAGGCAUGACAAAUACCUCUGCCAAAUCUAGCAGGUCAAAAGUCUCAAAUGUUCCAACUGAGGAAAGUGCUGCCCAUCAUGAGGAACUUGAAGAAAGAGCUCCAAGCAGUAUAUCUGUCAAAUCAGCAAAGUCAAAUGCUUCAGCAAUAUCUAAAAAAUCAAAAGCCUCUGAGGUUCCUGUUGCAGAUAGUGUUGACAUUCCUGAAGAGGGGAAUGUUGAGGAAGACAUUGAUGACAGAGCAGCAAGUUCCAUGUCAGCCAAAUCAGGCAUGACAAAUACCUCUGCCAAAUCUAGUAGGUCAAAAGUCUCAAAUGUUCCAACUGAGGAAAGUGCUGCCCAUCAUGAGGAACUUGAAGAAAGAGCUCCAAGCAGUAUAUCUGUCAAAUCAGCAAAGUCAAAUGCUUCAGCAAUAUCUAAAAAAUCAAAAGCCUCUGAGGUUCCUGUUGCAGAUAGUGUUGACAUUCCUGAAGAAGGGAAUGUUGAGGAAGACAUUGAUGACAGAGCAGCGAGUUCCAUGUCAGCCAAAUCAGGCAUGACAAAUACCUCUGCUAAAUCUAAUCAAAUAAGCAAAAGGCUGUCAAUAUACCUGAUCCUUCAGUGA